CGUUCAUGCCUACGGGUAGACUGAUUCAAGCUGAUCGACGAGUCAGUCAUGGCACCAAAACCUUCCUCUGGUAAGGAGAGACUCAUCAAUGAAGAAGAAGAAGUUUUGCAGGCCGUUGUCCUUGCGGAUAGUUUCAACAAACGAUUCAAGCCUUUAACAACGCAGAAGCCUCGAUGCUUGCUUCCGGUUUGCAAUGCUCCGCUGCUUGACUGGACUUUUGAAAGUCUAGCAUUGGCUGGGGUUCAAGAGAUUUUCGUUAUAUGUCGUUCGCAUGCAGAGCUUGUCAAGGCUGCCAUCAAGAACUCCAAAUGGUCAAAGCCCAGCACAGGGUUGAAGAUUGUGCCCAUCGUUACCGCGAAGCAGACCUUCUCCCCCGGUGAUGCUAUGCGCGACAUAUACACCCAUGGGAUUAUCACUUCCGACUUCGUACUUGUCACGGGCGAUCUUGUAAGCAAUGUACGGAUCGACGAAGUUAUCCGUGCGCACAAGGAAAGGCGAAAGCACAACAAGGAUGCGAUCAUGACCAUGGUGGUGAAGGAGAGCGGCGCGAGGCAUCGUACAAGGUCGCGAGGGGACGCGUCCGUUUACGUCCUGGAUCCUGAAACAUCGGAGUGCUUGCACUACGAAGCGGUCACUGGCUACCCUCCCAAGGCCCAUGCAUCCAUACCGCGAGAGAUACUUGACGAACACCCCGAAGUAGAAGUGCGAAAUGAUCUCAUUGACUGCUCUAUCGAUGUGUGCUCUGUGGAAGUCCCUUCAUUGUUCCAAGAUAACUUUGACUAUGGGGACAUAAGACGUGACUUUGUGCACGGUGUGCUUACGUCUGAUUUGCUCAUGAAGAACAUAUAUUGUUACAUCGAGAAGGACGGAUACGCAGCGCGCGUCAAGGAUACGAGGAGCUAUGAUUCUAUCAGCAAGGAUAUAUUGUCUCGCUGGACGUUCCCUCUUGUCCCGGAUGACAAUCAUCCGGGUGGGCAUUCUUACGAGCACCUCCGUGGCAACAAGUACAUCGCCAAAGAUAACACAGUUGUCCUCUCUCGCGAAUGCCAACUAGGCAACAACAUCAUGAUUGGAUCAAACUCACAAAUUCUUGGUAAUGCUCACAUUCUGUCCUCCGUACUUGGACAGAACUGCGUUAUUGGCCCCGGCACAACUAUCCGCAACUCAUAUCUCUUUGACGGGGCUGUGGUCGGAGCAAACUGUGUCAUCAAUUACAGCAUUGUAGGAGCUGGCGCAAAAAUAUUAGAUGGAAGUCACGUUGAGAAUGGAUGUCUGAUAACGGAUGGCGUCGUCAUUGGACCUCAAGCACGACUAGGACCGUACCAGCGACUGUCCACAAAAAGGCAACACAAGCCACCAAGUGGCGAUGAUUCGGAUAAUGAGGACUCGGACGAAGACUCGGAGUGGGACGAGGUUGAAGCUAACCAACCUUCGGACCUUCUUAUCAAGCUUGGCGCAGAAUCAAACGCACUCGUUUGGCCCGCUGACACUGUCGAUGAAGACGAAGAAGUUGACGAGCUGGAAAACCCGAUCAAUCAGCGCCUCAUGCGAAUAGGUCGGUUGCCUUUCCUUGAACUGCCACAGCAGUCUAUCUUACACUUUCCUGGAGGCGAUGAUGUGUCGGACCUCGAGCUCUCAGAUCUGGGAUCCGUAACAGACUCUGAAAGCGAAUCUGAAUUCAGCUCCAGCGAGAACGACGACCACCUUGAAAUCAAUGCCGCCUCUUCCACAACAUCUCUCCCCCUGAGCUCUACCACGAACCUAGUCGACAAGGCCGACUCAGCCGCCAUCUCCGAGUUUCAUCACGAAGCGAUACAGUCCCUGGAGCGAGCCUUCUCAGAGGGGCAUUCGGUCGAUAAUGCUUCUGUGGAGCUCAAAACGCUGCGAAUGGCCAGUAAUGUCCCUUUACGGCUCGUUCGAGAGGCAGUCAUUGGUUUCAUCGUCGAUCGAAUCAAGGUUGUUCCUGGGGGUGGCCCCGAACAAAGAAAGGAAAUUGCGACUAUGGUGGGGAGAUGGGGUGGACUCGUCGACAGGAUCGGCGGCGUGGACGCGGUAGAGACGGUGGAGAUACUUCAGUCACAUUGUGCAUCGUCUGAACGGUUGCCGCUGUUUGGCCAAAUAUUAGCAGCGUUCUAUCAGGACGACAUCGUCGAGGAAGACGACAUCCGAGAAUGGUACUCGCAACGAGCCUCAAGGGGAGACGACGUUGACGCGGGGUUGAAGGAGAAUUUCAAGAAGUGCUGGACAGUUGGGGCACAUAUGAUCAAGCAAUUUGAUGAGCAAGAGUCGGAGGAGUCUGAUGGAGAUGAAGACGAGGAGGAUGAGGAGGAUUAGCCAGCGGACUUGGUAUGCGUUUCAAAAACUAUGCACUGAUUCCAGAUACAUUUAGAGUCAUCAUUGUAAUUUAACAAGUCCGUGUGAUGAUACAUAAGGUUGUAUGCAUGCGGGUAAAUUGUAUCGUAGAGUCGGUUCGCAACCCAGCUGGUAUAACGUAGAUGGACGUGACGCUAAUACUUCAAUAUGAUAUAGAGGGCUGUUGAAGGCAGUUAGAUUUGCGUAGACAUCAAAGCAGACGUCGAACGAACCGUGAAUAAUCCCUGGGCUGUGUGCUUAGUUAGUCUAAUUCCC